GAUGAGACCCUUUCGCAGUUUGCCCUGCGCAGGGAGCAGGAAUUCCUUGGUGCAGACCGCUACUUGACCCUGCCCUCCGAGCUGAAGGCCUUCAGCCUCGAAGAAACGUCUGGACUCUCAAGGCAAGGAGUUCAGAAUCUUCGAACCUUGACAAGUGGAGCGGGCGACUUUGACCGGGUGGUGAACGCGCUCAAGAUGCUCGAUGUGGAGGAAGAACCGAUCACGAAGGGCAAGAGCAGCCUCUUCGCCGGACUCGCGCAAGCCGACGACCAGAGCGAGGACGACGAUGGCGAGUCAGACGACGACGAGGUCUCCCUCAUGCUGUACAACGACGAGGUGGAGAGCUUCCUGAUGGACAUCGAGGAUGUCGAUGAGAAGGAGGCCGUGGCCAGGUUGGCGGCGUGGGAAAAAGAGCAAGCCGAGCAGGGCAAGAAGCGCACCUGGAAGUCCAAUAAGGACCGAAAGCAGGCCCAGAAGAAGGAUCGAAGGGUCUUCGGCAAGGCUGGCCGACCCCGAAUAUCGAUCGAUGACCUCAAGCAGCGCACCAAAUGCGCGAACUGUGGGCAGAAGGGGCAUUGGAAGGCCGAAUGCACACAGCCCUACAAGCCUCGAGAUGACAAGCCCGGAGCCUCCGCGAGGAAGGCGGUGUCGUUCGUGUACCUUGGCGUCAGCGAGUCCGAGGAGUUCUUCGUUGGGUGCCCCAGCGGGCGUCCAGGCGGCGAGCGCCAGGAGCUGAACGACGAGCCCUUCCACCAGAUUCGGCGCAUGAAGGACAAGCUUCGCGAGCUCACGGACCAGGUGAUUAGUGGCGACAACGAGCACGAGGAGCCGAAGGACGAGCUCUUCCACCCGAUCAGGCGCAUGAAGGACGAGCUUCGCGAGCACUCGGACCAGGUUACCCCUGGCGACGACGAGCGCGAGAAGUUGAAGGACGAGCUCUACCACCCGAUCCAGCGCACGAUGGAUGAGCUUCGUGAGUACGUGGACCAGGUGGAGACCCAGCGCAAGGGCAAUGGCGACCUCCGCUCGUGGACUGGGAACUUGCAGAGCCUCAUCUUCCUGACCCUCGACCCCGGACAUGCCAUACUCGACAUAGGAGCCGGUCAAGACCUCAUGGGCAAGGACUCCUAUGACCGCUUGUGUGCUAGACUUGGCAGUCAAGGUCUUCAGUGCGUCCAGCUUCCGGGCGAGCCGCCUGCAGUGCAUGGAGUGGGAGGCCAAGCCAAGCCGCUGUUCCAGACCCUCAUCCCGUGCAUCUUGGCGGGUAUCCCGGGAAUUGUUCGAGCAACGGUGGUCCAGGAGAAUGUGCCGCAUCUACUCUCCGUUGGCCUUUUGGAGUCCACUGGAGCCAACAUUGACAUGAGGACCAACGUGAUCACCUACCAGGAGCUUGGGUCCCAGGAGGCCAUGAUGAGGAUGAAGUCGGGACAUAGAGUAGUGGACAUUGCCAAGUGGAAGGGCGGCCGUUUUCCGGUUCCCGCUGCCCUCAAGAGCGAAUUUCAGCUCCGAGACGGGGCCUUUAACCUGGACAGCGCGAGUGUGUCGGCAUACAUGGGGGGUGCUGAGAGAGAGAGUGGAGUUGAUGAGGGUCGUCUUGGCAGUGAAUGCGCUAGUGCACCACCACGUCAUGACUGUUCUGCCUGUGUAGGUGCAAUUGACAAACCAGUGUGUGAGGUUGUUCCUUUGACCUGUGCGUUGUUGAAGCCAAGCUCCAAAGUCAAGGAUUCCGAAGCAACCUCUUCAGCAUCAAGCCUUCGCGACUGUAGCUGCUCAGCCUGGCGCAUGCAUGGAGAACCCGGCCGAGCUCCGAUGGAAGAUCUUGACCAACCGCCUCUUGGAGGAGAAGGUGCACCCCAGCGCAAGCAGAAGUACGGCCUCUCCAAGCAGGAGCACUGCGCACACCCGGCGUCCUCUGUGGUGAACGGGGCGAACCAGUACGGAUCAUGGCAGAGAUGCCUCCUCUGCCAGACCAAGCUGACCUACACGCCGCAUCGGGUUCGACCUCAGAAGAAGUCCGGCAAGGCAACCGCCUACGUGAGCGCCCCGCCACCGAAGUCGAUGCCACGAUCCUCGGAAGCAACCUCGAGCACCCGGUCGACAUCAAAGACGGAGGGCGAGGACACGGUGUUUGCGAUUGGGAAGGCCAUGGCCGAGAACACCCACCAAAUCCAGGUGGCCAUGGCGGAGUGCAACAAGCAGGUUCUGACCGGGAUGGCCGAGAGCAACCGGCAGGUCAUGUCGGGAAUGGGAGCGAUGGUGCAGACGAUGCAGUCGAUGCAGGCCACCCAAUUCGAGAUGAUGAGGGAGGUCCGCAAUCUGGCUUCGAGCACAUCGGCGACUCCUUCGACGGCGGCAGCGAAGGCAGCUCCAACUCAGGGGCCCAUGCCGCGGGUGAAUCCCGACAACCCGAACGAGCUGGACAUGGACGGAUGUUUUUACACACUGCUGGAGGAGGGGUGCCCAGGCCGCAUUCCGGCCUUUCUCGAGGGCAAGGCUGAGAUUGAAAAGGCCGUCCACCAGGACACCGGCAAGGAGCUCGACCUGGUGAAGUGCAUGGAGACUGCCGUCAUUUGCGACAUACCUCCGCGACGAGGCUUUUCCAGAUGCUCCGGAGUCGAGAUGGCCGUCCCUUUUCGACAGGGUCUUGGAUGGCAGCUGGUCGCCAAGUACCAGCCAGAGCUCAUCGUGAUCGACCCAGUGUUCUUUGGACCUCCCGGUCGAGAAGUUCGAGCAGACCGUGGCGAGGACUACAGCCAGCUGAGGCGUGCGAAGGUCGAGGCCAUCCGGGACAGAGCGGCGCUUGAUUUUUGUGUGAACGUGGCCAGAGAGCAACUCCGAAAUGGGAGAAAGUUUCUCUUUGAAGCUCCACAGCUGCAAGGCGGCGACACGCUAGAUGGCGUUAAGGAGUUGCUUCAGUUUGAGGGCGUGACCUUCCUUCCUCGAUGCCGCGCUCCUCGAGAUGGUCGACUCCACACUUCAGCCAUCCUUACCAACGAGGUCGGCGUAGCUAUGGCCAUUCGCGGCACCAAGGAGGACGUCUCCGUGGGUGAGUGGACCGAGCGGGACAACGACACUGGGACGGAGAACGCAGAAGGCAGUGGCUCAGCGGACGACCAGGAGGAGGUCGAGGCCGGCGAGGACUUUCCGCCGUCAAGCGACGAAAAGGAGUCAGAGGUCGAGGACAAGUCCAUGAAGGCAAUGGUGCAGAAGCUACAUGAGAACAUGGGCCACCUGCCGGUUGAGAGGCUCAUUGUGGUUCUCAAGGCGGCGGGAGCCAAGGAAGAGGUCCUCGACUACCUGAGGAAGGACUUCUCCUGUGAGGUGUGCCAGAAGCGUCAGAAUCAGGUGCCGCGCCGUGUUGCGGCAUUUCCUCGAACCUAUGCUUUCAACAAGAUCCUGGGGGUGGACAUCUUCUACCUGCCCUGGAAGGAGGUACAGAUCCCGUUCCUCAACGUGGUGUGUCAUGGCACUCACUUCCAAGCCGUCUCCAUGGUCCGCCCGGUCGUUGGAGGCAGACCCUCUGGAGGAACACCGUCCUCCGAGGAAGUGUGGAAAGCGUUCAUGGACACCUGGAUGAAGCCCUUUGGAGCUCCAGAAGUUGUCAUCACCGAUGGAGGACCAGAAUUUGAAAAGCGUUUCGCCCGUGGCUUGGAACAAGUCUCUGUGUUUCAACAUGUGGUUGAUUCAGAGAGCCCCUGGCAAAAUGGACGAGCAGAGCGCCAUGGCGCCUUUGUCAAAUCCAGGGCCAAGAGGGAGAUUGCAGAAGGCCCAGCAAUUGUCAACACUUUGGAGGACCUCGAGCUGCUGGUCAAUCACAUGGUGAUCUGCAAGAACAACUGGUACUCCAGAUCGGGCUUCUCUCCGGCACAGCUGGUCUUUGGUCGUGGAGCCGCGGCCGACCCCCUGGAGUUGGACGAGCCUGGCAAGGAGUUCCACAAAUGCAAUGCCAUUCGACAACGAGCCCGCGAGUUGACCUUCGAAGCGUACGCCAAGGAGAGAGUUCAACGAGCAGCGAGGGCACAGCGCCACCGCUACCAGCAGUUCUCACCCGGCCAGUGGGUGUACGUGUACCGCAGAGCCCCUCAGCGGUCUCGAUGGACGGGACCUGGACUGGUGCUGCUUCACACCGGCACCACCGUGUGGGUGGCAAUGAGGGCACGGCUGUGGAAGUGCAACGUGGACCAAGUCCGACCAGCCUCGGCGACGGAGGCCGUGGGAGUUGAGGUCAAGGACAUGUGUGGCAAGCGAGCUGGGGCGGUGGACGUCGCCAAAGAAGGGACCCCGCCAGAGGACACCUGGCGAGCCCCAGUUGCUGAAGAAGAGCCUCCUCCACGAGUGCCAUCCCCAGAAGAAGCCGAGGCCGCGGAACCGAGUCCCCCUGUUAGAGGAGAAGAACUUCGAGAAGCUCGUGUCGACCUUCCACCUCCUCGUGCUUCAGGUGGCAUGCCGCGGCGAAUCUCCAUCGAGAGCACGACUGUGCCGAGCGAGGCAAGUGAAGGGUCCCACCCAGAGGCACCUCACGCGAAGAAGUCCAGAGGUGCAGCCUCCUCCGCCGGCAUCACAGCCGGAGCAGGCCAGACGGAGAGAGCACGAGGCUCCCAAGAUCUGCCUGAUCCACCACUAGCUCGAGGCUCGGAUGAGGUACCACCACCUCCGCCGGCUCGGCGGCGAUCUCGAUCACCCGUGCCACCAGUGCAACGAGCUGCUUUAAAAGAGGCCCAGGACCGCUACCUCGAGAAGAUGAGAAAGGAGGCUGACUUGGAGACUAGCCACCUUUAUGAGGACUUGGACUUUGACAGCCUCAGCGACAUCUCCUUCGACGAGCUCCUCUCCGCACAUCGCAAAGGAUGGGAACAAGGCCGUGUGGCGAAGGAGACCUACGUUGCCAUUGAAGAGAAUGAGGAGGACAAGCGUGGAUUUGCUGAGUCCGACAUCAAGGAAUGGCAGAGCGUUCGCGGCAUGAAUGCCGUGAACACACCGGGGAAGAAACCCACUCCGGGUGUUGGCUCCUUCAAGUACAAGUCCCGGUGGUGCGUUCUUGGGUUUGGUGACCCAGAUGUUGAGAGUCUCAAGACCUUCGUGCCCACCCCGCAGACCGAGGUGAUCAACAUCUUCUUCCAGACGGCCCUGGCAAGCCACUCAAGAGAGCAGCUGGACGCCUCUUCGCCGAACCGUGUCCUCGGAGAGCACGACCUCAUUGAGCUCAUGGUGGCCGUGUAUGGACUCGAAGACGCCCCUGUGAGCUGGGCCGAGACCGUGAGUGAGUUCCUGUGCGAUGAGAUGGGGUUCCGCAAGAGCUUCCUUGACCCCUGUCUGUUUAUCAAGCAGGACCUGGGCAAGCCCGUCAGCCACCGGGUCAAGGCGAUGAUCCUCUUGGAAGUUGAUGACUUUAACGUGGCGGCCCGUACCGACUACCAGAGUGAGCUGCUUGGGCGCCUCCGUGAAUGCUUCCUCUUCGGAAAAUGGGAAUAUGAUGAGGCGGACUUCAAUGGGCGUCACAUCCGGAUGAGCAGCAGUGGCGUUCACAUGCGUCAAGAGAAGUAUGUGUUAGAAAAGAUACACACUGUGGAGCUCAGCCGAGGUCGGAGGAGCCAGAAGGACAGCCUGCUUGUGGGGGAGGAGAUCGACGCCUUCCGAUCCAUGUUGUACCGGAUAAGUUGGGUUGCUCAUCAAACCCGCCCCGAGGCUGCCGGCAUGGUGAGCAUCCUGAGCUCGAGGUUGCAGCUCGCCACUGUGCAGGAUGCGGUGACCCUCAACAAGAUGGUGGGCCACCUAAGGUCUACGGCACGUCAAGGCAUCCGGCUACAACCCUUCGACCCCGAGAAGAUGACGUUCAUUGGGGUGAGCGAUGCUGGAGGUGUCGACGGCAUCACCAAGACCACAGGUGAUGAUGGACUGCUGGAAGACCCUGUCCAAGGCUCAUGGAUCAUCUUGGGCAGCGAUCGCGUGCCCACGCAUGAUCAACAGCUCAAGGUGUCGGUGCUGUCAUGGAGGUCGACCAAGCUUCGAAGAAGAGUGACCUCCACCCUGGCUUCCGAAACGCUGGCGUUCUCCCAAUGCUUGGGCGAGAUCGAGUGGAUGCAGGUGCUCUAUCGUGAUGUGGUCUAUGGCGAUGUCAAUCCUGAGAUGUGGCGGAACGUUGUUCAGCCGUUCUCCUGUCUGCUCCGGAGUGGGAGCGAGCUUGCUGGGCGUCAAGAGCAAUGCGGCAUAACUGACGCUAAAUCGCUCUAUGAUGCGCUCGUGAAGAGGCACCCGGCAAGCCGACAAGACAGGCGCACUGCUUUAGAACUGGCGGCCAUUAUCGACUCAAUGGCCCGAGCUGGCUCACUUGUGCGUUGGACGCCGCACCAACGGAUGAUUGCUGACCUCCUCACGAAGGCGGAUGUCACGAAAGGAAAUGGAGCCUUGCUGCACAUGCUGAAGUCUGGGAACCUCCGCAUCGAUGAGGAGAAGAAUGAGCUUCAGCGUCGGCACGAUGGCGCUGCGCGGUCCAGAACCAGGGCGGCUACUGAGCGCCUGCUGCAGAGCGAGGCUGAGGAUGAGCAAUCCUCCUUCCUUCUUCUUUUCCUGAGGAUGGCCUCAAAGGUCAGGAAAGAUUACGGGGAGCUGUAG